UUUCUACUGCUGUUGCUGCUCACUGGGACUUUUCAAGUUACAACCUGGAAACCCAGAGCUCCACUGACCCAAACGUACAGUUUGACUUCAGCAGGCAUAAUGGUAUUUAUGCAACAGGUAAACAUGAUUAGGUGGACUGUGCUGCUGCCUCUGUGUCUGAAUGUCAUCUCAGCAUCAUUCGAUUACAUUUAUGACGAGCACUCCUUAAUGGACCCAGAGGACGUGCUGAGCGUGAGCAUUCCUCUAGAGGAGCCACAGCGCCCUCUGCUGGGAGGAACCAUGAUACUACCAUGUUACUUUGAGGACCACACUGUCCCAGACCCAGGAGCUCCCACCGUCAUCCCCCUUUCUCAUCGCAUCAAAUGGAGCCUUGUCACUAAAGACAAAGUCACAACCAUCCUAGUGGCCUUGGAAGGAAAGGUGCAUUUUGGUGAGAGUUACCAGGACAGAGUUCAUCUAGUGGGCUAUCCCAGGACCCCUACAGAUGCUAGCAUCAAGAUAUUCGAGCUACGAUCCAGUGACACCGGAGUCUACCGCUGUGAGGUGCAACAUGACAUCGAGGACAACCACGACAUCGUCCAUGUGCAGGUUCAAGGCAUUGUGUUCCACUACCGGGCCAUCAUGGGGCGCUACAGUUUGACUUUUGAGCAGGCAAAGACAGCAUGCACCCAAAACAGUGCGGUCAUGGCUUCACCUGAGCAGCUUCAAGCGGCCUACGAAGAUGGAUUCCACCAGUGUGAUGCUGGCUGGCUCUCUGAUCAGACUGUCAGGUACCCAAUCCAUGAUCCUCGUGUGAACUGCUAUGGUGAUAAAGAAGAGCUGCCUGGGGUCCGAACAUAUGGAGUGAGAGACCUCAGUGAGACUUAUGAUGUCUACUGCUUUGCUGAGAAGAUGACAGGCAGAGUUUUCUACACUGCUUUUGCAGAAAGGUUCACCUUCUCUGAGGCUGUGGUGGCAUGCUCCAAUCAGGGAGCUCAGUUGGCCACUACAGGUCAGCUCUACCUGGCCUGGCAGGGUGGGAUGGACGUAUGUAAUGCCGGCUGGCUGGGAGAUGGGAGCGUCCGCUAUCCCAUCAACAUUCGUCGGCCGCAGUGUGGAGGGGGUCUGUUGGGUGUACGAACCGUUUUCCUCCACACAAAUCAGACCGGAUACCCACAUCCUGAGUCCCGCUAUGAUGCCUUCUGCUACACAGAGUCACCCGAUGAAGAAGGUUCAGGCUUUACAGAAGAGGGCAGCAGCGUGCUGAGCGUUACUACAGUAACACAAAGCCCAGAGGUGUUCUUCAGGAGGACAACCACAGAAAGCGAAGCUGUUGGAGAGGUGGAGACCCAGCAACCCACCAAUGUGGACCUGGCCUAUACAGAGAGUCCCUCCGAGCUGCCACUGCCUCUGCCGCCCAACAUCACUGAGCUCAUCACAGACCUGAUUGAGUCAGUUACCGCUCAUCCUGAUGUGGGGAGGGAGCCCAGCCAAGGCUUUGUGAUGCCUCCAACAGGCGUAGUUUUCCAUUAUCACUCAGGCCGAUAUGCCUUUACUUUUGUCGAGGCUCAGGUGGCAUGUCAGAGUGUUGGAGCCUCCAUCGCCACACCUGAGCAGCUGCAGGCAGCAUAUGAGUCUGAAUAUCACCAGUGUGAAGCAGGAUGGUUACAGGACCAGACUGUAAGGUAUCCCAUUGUUUUCCCUCGAGAUAAGUGUCCUGGAGAUCUGGGGGAUCAACCUGGAGUCCGGUCCUAUGGUCUGAGGCCAGCAGAUGAGCGAUAUGAUGUGUACUGCUACAUAGAUGGCCUCAAAGGUGAUGUGUUCCAUGUUGCAUCUGCUGAGGGUUUCUCCUAUGAUGAGGCUGUUUCCAGCUGUCAAGAGCAGAAUGCUGUACUAGCCUCCACGGGGGAGCUCUAUGCGGCCUGGAAAAUGGGUUUUGAUAAGUGUCGCCCUGGCUGGCUAGCAGAUCGUAGUGUACGUUAUUCCAUGAACAAUCCCCGCUCUGAGUGUGGUGCAGGGAAAUCAGGAGUGUACACAGUCUACACUCAGUCCAACCAGACAGGCUACCCUGAACUGAAUGCCAGAUUUGAUGCAUACUGUUUCAGAGUGGAUAAUUUACUUAUUGCAAAUGAAACUGGACUGAACAUCACAGAUAUCCAGGGGGCUCUUCUAAACCUGACAUCAUUUACUGAUUUGUUGAGACCCGCUGUUCCCUCAAUUGUCCCUCCUGUCCUUGUGGAGACUUCAGGCUCUGGUUCAGGCUCAGCAGACUUCGACUCAGGGUUUGUGUUUGGUAACACCUCUGGGGAUCACUCUGGAGACUCGUUUGGCUCUGGAAGCCUCUCUGGUUCUGAGGACCAAGUUAUCUCUGGAGACCUCUCUGGUUCCGGAGACCAGGUUAUCUCUGGAGAUUUGUCUGGUUCCGGAGAUCAGGUUAUCUCUGGAGACCUCUCUGGUUCCGGAGACCAGGUUAUCUCUGGAGAUCUCUCUGGUUCUGGAGACCAGGUUACCUCUGGAGAUCUGUCUAGUUCCGGAGACCAGGUUAUCUCUGGAGACCUCUCUGGUUCCGGAGAUCAGGUUACGUCUGGAGAUCUGUCUGGUUCCGGAGACCAGGUUAUCUCUGGAGGCCUCUCUGGUUCUGGAGACCAGGUUAUCACUGGAGAUCUGUCUGGUUCUGGAGACCUCUCUGGUUCCGGAGACCAGGUUAUCUCUGGAGAUCAGUCUGGUGCCGGAGACCAGGUUAUCUCUGGAGACCUCUCUGGUUCCAGAGACCAGGUUAUGUCUGGAGACCUCUCUGGUUCCGGAGACGGGGUUAUCUCUGGAGACCUCUCUGGUUUCGAAGACCAGGCUAUCUCUGGAGAUAUGUCUGGCUAUGGACACCUGGCUGGCAGUGCAAGCGCUGAGCUGUCCAGUAGAGAAUCUGGUCUAAGCAGUGCAGAUGUUUUUGGAUCUGGCCACAGUGAAGAAGGGUCUGGGAUCACUGUUGUUUUUUCAGGCACUGACAGCAUUCUUUCUGGAGAGAGCUCAGUUUCAGGAGACCCUGAAGAAGCUGGAGAAGGGAGUACAGAGAUUCUUACCUUCCCUUCAUCUGAAGCAGGCUCUGGAAUGCUCAGCGGUAGCGGGGACCUGUCUGGAUCUGGGUUCAGUUCUGCAGAGCAGGGCUCAGGUGUAAGUGGACAAUUCUCUGACAUGGGGUCUGGUUUCAUCACCACCCAAGGCUUUUCUGGGUUCAGUGGUUUCCCAUCAGGGUUCUCCUCUGGAAGUGCUAGUGGACAGUCAGGAGAGCUUUUAGGAAGUGGAGAUACUCACAUCAUAUUAAUAGAUGAUGAACUGAUCAAUGCAUCAACUUCUUUUACCCACAAGCAGUAUGAGCUUGGCGGAGGACUGCUGGUGUUCAGUGGUUCUGAAGACAUUUCUGGAUCUGGGAUUUCCAGUGGUGAUUUCAGUGGCUCAGCUUCUGGAAGAGGUUCAGGGUUCUUCUUGGGCGUGACCUUUGUGGGGUCAGGCUUUACUGAGCUUACAGUGUCAUCUUCUGGAGAAGAGGAGGCCUCUGGAUUUUUAUUCUACAGUUCUGGACAGGAAAGUGGUGAAUUUUUGUCUGGUUUUGGAAGCUCAAGUUUCAUCUCUGGGUCUGGAUCGGGAAUGUCUGGAUCUGAAUACUCUACAAGUGGAGAAGAAGGCAGUGUUACAUUCUUGACUGGGGAUUUUAUGACAGAGGUAUCUGGAGAUAUUUCAUUGUCUGUGGAGCUUGGACAGGGGCCAGUGGAGUACAGUGGAGAAGGAAGCAGUAGUGGCAGUGGCUUCUACUCUGGCAGUGGAGACCAAUUUUCCACAGCCAACGAUUUUCCUUCAGGAUCUACCUCUGGAGAUAUAUCCAGUGACUUGAUACUUACAGUGGGACCAGAGGAAGUUGCUGCUGAAGUGACAGAGACCCCUGGUGAUGUGUAUGUGUCCCAGAGUCCCGCAUUUGUCCCAUCAGGACUGGCUGCUGCUCCCAUGACAGCAACCUCAACCUCUAUGCAGACACCAGCCACUGCUGAAGAAGAAGAGAAAGCGUACGACAGAGUGCCGACGUGUGAAGACGGUUGGACCAAGUUUCAGGGGAACUGCUACCUGCACUUCUCUGACAGAGAGAUGUGGCUGGAAGCGGAGCAGCGCUGCCGGGACAUGAACGCCCACCUGGUCAGCAUCAUCACACCAGAGGAGCAAGUUUUUGUCAACUCACAUGCGCAGCACUAUCAUUGGAUUGGACUGAAUGACAAGGCAGUGGAGAAUGACUUCCGCUGGACAGAUGGCACUUCACUGCAAUUUGAGAACUGGAGGCCAAACCAGCCGGAUAACUACUUUAACUCUGAGGAAGACUGCGUGGUGAUGAUCUGGCAUGAAAACGGCCAGUGGAAUGACGUGCCCUGCAACUACCACCUGCCAUUUACCUGCAAGAAAGGCCCAGUGUCUUGUGGCGCCCCGCCAGAGGUGGAGAACGCCCACAUGUUUGGUAACAGGAGGGAGGAGUACCCUGUCAAUUCACUCAUCCGGUAUCAAUGCAACCCAGGAUUCACACAGCGCCACACACCGGUGGUUCACUGUAAAGCUGAUGGACAGUGGGAGAAACCCUUGGUUAAAUGUAUGAAAGCAGUGAAAGCCACAAAAAGAAGACAGCAGAGGGGCAGCAGGAGCCCAGCAGCCAACAGCAAGGUCCACUGAGAGGUUAAAGAGGAAUCAUUUUAACAGAACAUUUACAACAGAAGAAGAUCAAUUUUCCAUCCAGGUGAAGAUGGUUUGAAGGGUUAAAUUGCUGGAAGGCUCAAAUGAGAGGUGCUAUCACAGUAGUGUGUUUUGUUUCUUCUAUUUCCUGCCUCUGAUAAUAUAUUUUAAUUAGCAAUAAUAACUACAUUGCUUGGAGUUUAUUUUCAUUGUGUGUAUUGUAAUAUAACUUUUAUGAAAUGAAACUGUGCUCUGUUGAAGUUUUACAUUUAUAUGCAGCAGCAUCUGUCUGGUUCACUGUAGUCUGCUGUGCAUGAGGUAAGGUACCAGAAACUUGUGUGUCUGUGUAGGAGAAAAAAAACACAACAGGGGGAAAUACUUCUCUGGAAAGGUUAAAAGCAAAUAGUGUGUUUUGAAAGUACACAUCAAUCAUCCUCAUUCCUCCUGUACCAAAUGGCAUAUAGAGUUGACAACAUACAUUUUCAAACAGUGUUCUUUGGGACUAAAAUAUGUUUGUUCACCCUCUUGCUAAGAGAUUUUCUAUUUAUUUUACCAGGAGGUCCCAUUGGGAUCAGGAUCUCUUGGAUGAGGGGAUUCUCAUGACUGUUAAAUGAGAGAAAUAUUAAACUACAGUCAGGAGCCGAUUGUUAACUCAGCAACAGAAAAUGGAAACAUGUAAAACACAGUCACCUUUUUACAUUUUGUUUUUGUGCAGAUAACUGAGCUGUAGAGGGGCUGGUAGAUGGAUAUUUUUAACUCUUCGUAUAGAGCAAACCCUGCCCCUGUGUUUCCAGUUUUUACACCAAGCUAAGAUAAGAUAACUGUUCUCUGGCUGUAGCUUUAUGUUUAGUGUACAGACAUGAGAUCGGUGUUGAUUUUUUCAUGUGUAACCUUCACACAUCAAACUAUAGCAGCCACAGAGCACAAUCCUGAUGAAGCUGUAAUUUCUUGUGUCACAUGUCCAACUUGCAUCUGAGAUACUAAUAUCCUAAAAUAUAUUCAUUAUGGAUGUGACACUUUUAGGAUUUUUGAAUGUUAUCUGACCAUUUCACACCUCUAAAGUGUCUUUACGCUAUUAGACGUGGUUAGAAUAUUGACCUCCCUACAUGAGUGGAAACAAAAGAAGAACCACGGAUAGAAAAUAUUUAUUUUAAACUAAGCCACGAAGAGAGCAGAUUAUGUGCUUGUGACCCAGAGUUUGUCAGAAUGGCUGGUUUGUGUUUUGCUUUGUUUUGUUUUUUGUGUGUUUAGUCACUUCAGUGGUUUUUGUGGAGCAGGUGUCUAGUGAUGUAAUGUUUGUAACCUCACAGUGUGAACUGCCUGUUGUUUUUCCCAACUUUGACUGCUGUCAUUUGUGCACUUGUUUUGUGUCACUGUUGCUGUGUGUGGGGGCUGUGCCUCCUUCAGACAUACUGUCACCUGCUGCAUGAUAAAGACAGAGAAUUCAGUUUGCAGUCUGUACAUGUAUCUGCUGUAGCACCAUUUUAUUCACUCACUGCAGGAAUAAGGCUGGU